GACACCCGAAAAGCUUGGUCAGAGAAUGAGAGAACAUCAUUUGGGAAAAGUACCGACAACCAACUGGACCUGCCAGUCCUAUAGCAAUUAUUUUAAUUUUCAUUUAUCUUCAGGUGUUUUAUAGUAAUUAAAAUGGCAACGUCUGCCAGCGCUCAGUUGAGUAAAGUUGUGAAACGGCAGUACAUGGAGCUCCCUCAGGGAGACAAAGUACAAGCCAUGUAUAUCUGGAUAGACGGAACUGGAGAAGGAUUGCGAUGCAAGACGAGAACACUGGAUUCAGAACCCAAAAGCAUUGAAGAUCUCCCUGAAUGGAACUUUGAUGGUUCAAGCACCUAUCAGUCUGAAGGCUCCAACAGCGACAUGUAUCUCAUUCCUUCUGCAAUGUUCAGAGAUCCUUUUCGCAAAGAUCCCAACAAGCUGGUCCUGUGCGAAGUGCUGAAAUACAACCGCAAAUCUGCCGAGACCAAUCAUCGCCAGACGUGUAAAAAGAUAAUGGAGAUGGUGCAACAUCAGAGCCCCUGGUUUGGUAUGGAGCAGGAGUACACAAUCCUGGGCACAGAUGGACAUCCUUUCGGCUGGCCAUCCAAUGGUUUCCCCGGCCCUCAAGGUCCUUAUUACUGUGGCGUUGGAGCUGAUAAGGCCUAUGGCAGAGACAUUGUGGAGGCCCAUUACAGAGCCUGCCUCUAUGCUGGGGUUAAGAUCUGUGGUACCAAUGCUGAAGUUAUGCCAGCACAGUGGGAGUUUCAAGUUGGGCCCUGCGAAGGAAUUGAAAUGGGAGAUCACUUAUGGGCAGCUCGUUUCAUCCUGCACCGAGUGUGUGAGGACUUUGGUGUGGUAGCCUCAUUUGACCCCAAGCCCAUCCCAGGCAACUGGAAUGGUGCAGGCUGCCACACAAACUUUAGCACUAAGGAAAUGCGGGAAGAGGGUGGAUUGAAAUACAUUGAGGAGUCCAUUGAGAAGCUGGCAAAGAGGCACAAUUACCACAUCCGCGCCUAUGACCCUAAAGGGGGGCUUGACAAUGCCAGACGUCUGACCGGCCACCAUGAAACUUCCAACAUCCACGAAUUCUCUGCCGGUGUGGCCAACCGUGGCGCAAGUAUCCGCAUUCCACGGUCCGUGGGGCAGGAAAAGAAGGGUUACUUUGAGGACCGCCGCCCGUCUGCCAACUGUGACCCCUAUGCCGUGACAGAGGCGCUGAUUCGCACCUGUCUGCUCAGUGAAGAGGGAGAUGAACCUGUGGACCACUAGAUCUCAACCUCUCUGGACUGAUUUUUCCCAUUCUCAAAUCCAUUCCCUACCCCACGCACACAUACCCUUUAUCUUACCUUUUUUAAAUGGCCAAGAGGCCAAAUUAGUACUGUAUUUGUCGUUUCCCAUCAGAAAUGGUUCUAACCUUGCAUUUUAAUGGCAUCAAGUUGACUGGUCAACUUAACACUGAAAUUAAAUUUGUUUUUAAACCCUACAAGAUUUUACUGGGGAUGUGGUGUUGCAGGUAAUGUCUGUCCCUCUCCCCUGUCUUGUUUUUUCUGUUUUUUCCGGGGGAGUGAAUAUGUAAUGAUAGUGUUCAACUCCUCAUAUGAUCUCACUGCCCUGCUUGUCUGUUGGAGGUUUAAAAUGGACUAAAAAUAUGAGACAAGUGGACAUGAAGGACUUAGAGCUGCUAAGGCUGGGCAUCACCUGUAAUUUUUAAGCCAAUAGCUAGUCUCUGUACUUAUGUAUGUUGACUUGCCUCGUCGAGUAUGUAAUGUUUAUUUGUUACUAACUAAAUAGAAGUGUAUUAAAUGACAACUUUUUUUGUUUCAUUUGGAUUUUCAACACUGGUUCAUGUUGUAUGGUACUUUCUUCGCAGUGAGGGUUCAAUAACUGGUCUGUUUUAUACAUGUGAGUCUGUUUGCCAUUUGUAGAGUUCCUGACUCAUUAAGGAUUUGAUCCUUUUUGUCUACCACUUAAAUGUUAUGGCACCCAUUUUGGUAAAAAAAGAAAAAACUGAAGUUGCUGAACCUGGUGUUUUUUAUUGAGACAUUUAAACGUUUAUUUUUACCACAA